CAGACGGACUCGAGAUAGAAAACUCCUCCCAAACUUCGCCUGUAAAAGUGAAUGCGCUUUCUUUACGGGCAAAUUAAGCAAUAGGCAUCCAAUCCAAAGUGGUCCGAGACAAUGUUGGCUCAACUCAAAGACCGCUAUGAAGCUUUUCUGAAUGAAAAGAACUUUGUGACAGAUUUCCUGGCGAUGUUGGAGGGGAAAACAGGAGUUAAAAAACAAUAUAUCACUUCAGGUGCUGUGGCUUUCGUUGUCCUGUACCUCAUGUUUGGGUAUGGAGCCUCACUCCUCUGCAAUCUCAUCGGCUUUGUCUAUCCAGCAUAUUUUUCCAUCAAGGCCAUCGAGAGCAACAAGAAGGAUGAUGACACACAGUGGCUGACCUACUGGGUGGUGUAUGGCUACUUCAGCAUUGUCGAAUUCUUCUCUGACAUCUUCCUAUCCUGGUUCCCCUUCUACUAUGCUGGCAAGUGUGUGUUCCUGCUGUGGUGUAUGGCUCCGGUCUCCUGGAAUGGUUCUACUGUGUUGUACAAGCGUGUGGUCCGACCCAUGUUCCUGAAGCACCAGGCCACCGUGGACAGUGUGGUCAAUGACCUCAGCGGCAAGGCCAGAGACAUGGCUGAUACGGUCACCAGAGAGGCGGCUAACCUGGCUCUCAAUCAAGACAAGAACAAGUGAGGACUGGACAUACUGUGUGUGUUUGUGUCCACUUGAAUGUCUGUAAGUUGUAUGCAUUAGCCUGUGUGUGUGAGAGAGUGUGGCUGUUUGUACGUUCCACCCAUCAUCGCUGUCAUGUGAUAAGCCUAAACAUUGCCAUCGUACAGAAGCAGUAAAGGACUCCUUUGUUCCCUCAUCGACCAGGGCAAGUUCUGUCAGAUGGAGAUGUACUCUUUGCCUGUCCUGUUUUGUGGUUAUGACUGAGAGAAGUAGUACACCUCACAGUGUUGAGAUACUGCCCAGGUUAGCCAUUUAUAAUAGGCACUCCACUGAGUCAUGAAGGCUAUAAAGUUGCCCUUUGGCCCUCGGUCCAGAAUCAAAUACAUUUACUCAUUGCUCUAUGGUGGGGGGUACUCAAUAGGUAGAAUCUGGUCCGGAUCCGGACCCAGACGCAAUACAAUUUAGACCGAAGCCAAAAUCAACAUUUUAAUUUGGUCAUGAUCCAAGCGAGUUUUCAUUGGUGCGUGAUUUCGCGCUAUAGCCUAUAUUUUUUUCCUACUGGAUGUGGUUUCUAUCAUCCGUGUCCAAUCCAAAGGUCCAAUCAGGAGCUGUUAUAACUGUAAUCACCAUGACAACUCACUCACUCAAAAUUUCCCGCAACCUCUGCGGAUCACGCAGGUUCUGUGUGUCAUUCGCAACAACGCAGGCUAAUCGAUUUUCAAACGUUACCUGUUUCUUCGCUAGCGAAAAUCAUGGCGUGCUCUAAACCCGAAAAAAAGCUAUGAGUGGACUGACACUGCAUUUGUGCUGCCGGUGGGGAGCACAAAACCGAUGUGUUUAAUCUGCAAUGAGACGGUUGCCCUUGUCAAAAGUGGUAACGUGAAAUGUCACUAUGACAAAGCAUGGACACUUUUAACAAAAUUGCCCCCAGAACUCUGAGGUAAGGGCCAGAAAGAAAAAAAACUACUGCAAUCGUCAUACCAAGCAACAUGCAGUGUAAUAGUUAGAUCAUCCACCCAACAAGAGCGUGCAACUGAAGCCUCAUUUAAGAGUGGCAUGGGUCUUAGGCUGUUUUGGGAUUUUGUCCAUCAUUGUUCCGGACCCUGGACUGAAUGGAAAUUUGGUGAGUGGACCUUUUGGGUUUCUAAUUGAGUACCCCUGCUCUAUGGGUUGGUGUGCCAAAGCAACAGAAGUAGUGUAUAAACAAGGAACACACUCGGGAUUUAUCCAAGUUGUGGGCCUAACAUUUCAAAAUCCAAUAACUUUUAUUGUAAGAUUAAUUUCAUGUUUCUAAACUUUUGAAGGUUUCCGUUUUGUACAGUCUCUCUUCUCAAAAUAAUAAAACGUGGCAGUAUGGCCAUUCUCUGUAUAGAUAGACUGUAUAGAUAGACUGUAUAGAUAGAUAGACAGCCGUCCGGAAAGAUCUGUUGAAUGUUUGGUGUCUCAGUUUAAAGGUCCUAUACCUGUGUGACGAUUUUCACUUUUGAAAUUAAAUGUAUUUGAAUUUAA